AGGAUGUGAGGUUUCUCUUCGAGGCCGCAGCUUAGGGAAUGCCGGGGAGGACGGCCACAGUGAUGCGUGUAGGAGAGCAACUGGUAAGCACAGGGUACACUGUGACAGUACUUCUCCGAGCGUACGUAGAAGAAGACUUGACGGCGAGGGAGUGUCGGCAACGAGCCAGAGAUUUGAUCCACGAGCAUAGAGCCGAUGUACUGGCGCGGGUGACCUCGAUUUCCUAUGAGGUGAUGAUAUGGUCACAUGGCUAUAUGCGUGCGGAGCACUUCCACGACGAGACGGUAGCGGAGGCUAGAGCAAGGUACUCCAUCAAGGACCUUGAGACGAUGACUCAAGAGGAAGAUGAGAGCGUACGGGCAUUUGGGAUGCGUUUCCAGAAGAUCUCGGACGUGCUGAUGAAGAAGGGGAAGAUCUCAGAGGUCGAGCGCUGUAAUAUCUUCAUCGGACACCUGUCCAAAGGUAGACAAAAGAGUAUAUUUAGAGAUCUUCCGCUCGACAAGCUUGACUUCCCAGAAGUCCUAAAGCUCGCGAUAAAGGCAGAGGCAGACGACUACAAAGACUUGGUGUGGAGAGGGAUGAGGAGACGUGACUUUUCUCUCUACAAGGAGUAUGCCACUGAUAGAUGUCAUGAUUUCAAGGACCAUCCCUGGUCGGAGAAAAAUGAAGCCAUCGCCGAGGAAGUGAAGGAGAUAAGGGACAUGGUAAAGGGAUUGACAAGACAGGUUACAGAGAUUGUGACCACCACAGGAGCCACGACAUACCGGGACAAGCCCGGAGGACCCUAUUCACUUCGUUGGGACCGGAGGAACACUGAUUCCUGGAGGAGUGUCGAGGAUAGAAAUCCUCGAACGCUGACUGAUUAUCGUGCAAGGGAGAGGGAGAGAGACGAUGAGCUAUGGCGACGUAGGGAUGAUGAGAUAGACCGGGAGCGCAAGACCCGCGAGAUGUAUGGGCGUGCUAGGAGACUGGAUGACUACUCUCGUAGCCCUUGCUAUGAGCCUGACGGGGGUAGAGGCGACUCUCGAGGCCGAUGGGAGUCGGAUCAGGGCCUGCGAGAUGGAUAUAGGGAUGGUAGAUAUGAGAGACCGGACCGGGAUGGACAUAGAGACGAUAAAUAUGAGAGGUCGGAUCGAGACGGAUACAGGGAUGAUAGAUAUGAGAGAUUGGACCGCGAUGGACGUAGAGAUGACAGAUAUGAGAGGUUGGAUCGAGACGGAUACAGGGGCGGCAGAUAUGAGAGGGGAGAUCGACCCGAUGAUUCACGCGGGCGAUACGACCGAGGAGACCGACGUGAUGAUUCGCGCGGGCAAGCAGCGAGAGGUUCGACCUCCAGAGGCGCAGACGAUAGGCCACCCACACCCAGGAACUCUUGUGUCUACUGUAGAGGAGAUGAUCAUAUCAAGAGAGAUUGCCCGGACCUCCAACGGGCAAUAGAUGAGGGACUUGUCGUGCUUGACGACCGCAAGUACGUCAAGUGGGCAGAUGAUUUGGAAGAUGUAUCGAUGUUCCCUUCCAUGAAGGAGAAUGUCGAAGCAAGGAGAGUAAAGCCGAGUAAAGGGAAGGAGCCGGUCAGGAGCCAGAGCAUCAAGAUAACUUUUGAGGGGGAUAUGGCGACCACAUCCAUAAGGGUGGCAGCCACCAAGUCGGCGAGAGGGUUUACAUCGAAGAAGACUGACACGGAUUACGUGAUGGCGGAGAAGGACGGACAACGGAUCGAUGGAGAGGAGGUUAUUCUUUCGCCGCGGAAGCGGGGAGUGAAGAAAUUCUUGAUGAAGAGUUCGCUGGACGAGAUUGACACGGUCGAGCCACUGAGGCGGGCCCUUCGGCAGCCCAUGCAUUGCUCUAUUCUAGAAUAUCUAGCGGCAUCCAAGCCGGCUCGCGAUGAGUUACAGAUGAUCACGCGGAAGACUCGCAUACCUCUAUCGGAGGAGGCUCAGGGGACCCCUAAGGCGGAUGCUCCUACUGUAGCAGUAACGGGGGUGACUGCCAGAGCGGAUCGCAUGGCGACAGUCCUUCUUGAUGGGAUGAAAGGUGUGCCUCCAGACAAGUUUUACAUACUUGGUACUGGGGCCGUGGAGACGAUCAUAAACGAUGGAGCGGUACUAGAUGUUGUGAUCGAUAACGGCAGUGAGGCUGUCAUUAUAGACGAGGAUCUGGCAGUACAGGUUGGACUGGGCCUCGAUAGGUCAUACCUAUUCGAGAUAGGGACGACUGAUGGGAGAAAGCAACAGAUCACCGGAGUUUGCCACAAGGCAGCCAUAGAGGUCCAAGGCGUACGAGUGACCCUGUCGGUCUUUGCAGUCAAGAAUUGCAGCUCUAAUCUGCUCUUGGGACGAACGUGGUUGAGCCACGAGCGAGAACGUGUGAUAGAAAUCCUGAAGACAUGUGGUAAGGCAAUAGCUUUCAGCGACGCAGAGCGCGGUAGGAUUGAUCCUCGAUACGCUAAGCCAGCAAGGAUUUACACGAUUCCACAUGUUCCUUGGAAUGACGCAGGAUGGAAAUACGCCCAGAAGGAGAAGGAAGAAGUUAUCGCUUUCCUGAAAGAAAAGAUGGUUUCCCAUGUUACGGAGCCGUCAGAUAGCGCCUAUGCUAAUCGAUGGUUCUUCCUACGGAAGCCGAAUGGCAAGAUCCGAUGGAUCCAAGAUCUUCAGAAGGUCAACACGAUGACCAUACGAGACGUGGGCUCCGUGCCACACGCCGACUUACUGGCCGAAGGCGCCGCAGGCAGGUUGAUUUAUUUGGUCUGCGAUCUGCUCUCAGGCUAUGAUGAGGUACCGUUUGAUCCUAGGGACAGGCACCUCACGGCUAUGCACACGCCAUUGGGACUGAUACAGAUGAUGGUUGUCCCUAUGGGUUUGACUAAUGGGGUAGCCGUUUUUCGGAGAGCCAUGAUAGACGUCCUCAAGAACUUCAUCCCUGAUAAGGUUGAAGUUUUUCUGGAUGACUUUCCUAUAAAAGAGCCAGUAAACAAGGAUGAGACAGAGGUUGCACCAGGAGUUAGAAGAUUCAUCGAGCAGCACCUAACAGAUAUUUGCGCGGCACUAGAGCAGCUGGACGAUGCGAAUUUAACGGUCAGCGCAACAAAGAGCCGAUGGGCCGUCUCGACUAUUAAGAUCUUGGGCUUUAUCUGUGACUCGAGAGGACGCCGAGCAGAUCUGGCGAAGUUAGACAAACUCCUGAACUGGCCGUCACCGUUACAUAGUCCAACCGAGGUCCGACAGUUUCUGGGAGUGGUCGGUUACUGACGCAUAUUCAUACGGGGGUAUGUGGAGAAGGCUGAGCCAUUGAGGUUACUCCUUCGAGAGACUGAAAAAUUAUACUGGGAUUCCUCGCAGGAACUCGCUAUGCAAGAGCUUAA